UGCCGAAUAAAAAAAAAAAAGGACAGCAAUUUAUCGCAGUGAAUGCAUAUCACGGUCCUGAGAUUCAACUUCUCUCUGUCCUGAUAAUCGGAGGCACCUCAGCUGAGCUUCUGAAUUCUAAAGAUUUCACUUUCAGUGAAGCUCCCUUGGCUCCUCCUUGCACUUAGGACUGUGAACACUGAAAAAUGAAACUGCUUCCGAGAGAGGUCGACAAGCUAACCCUGCAUAAUGUCGGCUAUCUUGCCCAGAAGCGUCUUGCUCGUGGUUUAAGACUCAAUUAUACUGAAGCUGUCGCUCUUAUAGCCACACAGGUUCUAGAAUUAGUUCGUGAUGGUGAAAAGACUGUUGCUGAAUUAAUGGACAUUGGGAAACGGCUAUUGGGAAGGAGGCAAGUUCUUCCAGCCGUUCCGCAUCUCUUGGAUUCUGUUCAGGUUGAAGCUACAUUUCCUGAUGGGACAAAGUUAGUCACCAUUCAUGAUGCAAUCGCUUGUGAGAAUGGUGACCUAGAACUGGCAUUAUAUGGUUCUUUUCUUCCAGUACCUUCACUUGACAAGUUUCCGGCAAUCGAAGAUAAUAGAAUACCUGGUGAGAUAAUUUCUGGGGAUGGAAAUCUGGUUCUUAACUCUGGAAGGAAAGCAGUAGUUCUCAAAGUUGUCAACAUUGGGGACAGGCCAAUACAGGUUGGCAGCCACUAUCACUUCAUUGAAGUAAAUCCUUACUUAGUAUUUGAUCGAAGGAAAGCAUAUGGCAUGCGUCUCAAUAUAGCAGCAGGGACUGCAGUACGCUUUGAGCCAGGGGAUAGCAAAAGUGUUAAACUUGUAAGCAUCGGAGGUAACAAAGUCAUCAGAGGUGGUAAUAGCAUUGCUGAUGGACCAGUGAAUGAUGCCAAUUUGGAAGCAGCCAUGGAGGCUGUAAGCAUAAGGAAGUUUGGACACAUGGAAGAAGAAAAUGCAAGUGAAGGUAUUGCAGGACAAGACUCCUCUGUCACCACAACGAUUUCUCAUGACAAAUAUGCCAACAUGUAUGGCCCUACUACUGGUGACAAAAUCCGUCUUGGUGACACUGACUUAUUUGCUGAAAUUGAACAAGACUUUUCUGUCUAUGGUGAUGAAUGUGUUUUUGGAGGUGGGAAAGUUACAAGAGAUGGAAUGGGUCAGUCAUGCGGGCAUCCAUCUUCUUGCACCUUGGACACUGUAAUUACAAAUGCUGUGAUCAUUGAUUACAGUGGAAUUAUCAAGGCAGAUAUUGGCAUUAAAGAUGGCCAUAUUGUAUCAAUUGGAAAAGCAGGAAAUCCAGAUGUUAUGAGUGGUGUAUCUCCUAAUAUGGUUAUUGGGGUCAACACUGAAGUUAUUGCUGGGGAAGGAUUAAUUGUAACAGCUGGCGGCAUAGACUGUCACGUGCAUUUUAUAUGCCCUCAAUUAGCAUACGAGGCAAUAUCAAGUGGAAUCACAACUUUAGUGGGAGGUGGAACAGGACCAGCGGAUGGGACACGGGCAACAACUUGCACACCAGCACCAAUUCAGAUGAAAUUAAUGCUGCAAUCAACAGAUCCUCUUCCACUGAACUUUGGUUUUACUGGCAAAGGAAAUUCUUCCAAGCCUGAUGGACUACCUGAAAUAGUCAAGGCUGGAGCUAUGGGACUGAAGCUUCAUGAGGACUGGGGAUGCACCCCAGCUGCAAUAGAUAGUUGUUUAACUGUUGCAGAACUCUAUGACAUCCAGGUUAAUAUACAUACUGACACAUUAAAUGAAUCUGGAUUUGUGGAACAUACAAUCGCUUCGUUUAAAGGAAGAACUAUUCAUACUUAUCAUAGUGAAGGUGCUGGUGGUGGCCAUGCCCCAGAUAUCAUCAAAGUAUGUGGUGUGAAGAAUGUCCUGCCGUCAUCAACUAACCCUACACGACCUUUUACAUCUAAUACAGUAGAUGAAAGUCUUGACAUGUUGAUGGUCUGCCAUCACCUUGAUAAGAACAUUCCAGAAGAUGUAGCUUUUGCAGAAUCUAGGAUAAGGGCUGAAACAAUUGCCGCUGAAGAUAUUUUGCAUGAUAUUGGAGCAAUUAGCAUUAUAUCUUCUGAUUCACAGGCUAUGGGUCGAAUUGGAGAGGUGAUAUGUAGAACUUGGCAGACUGCCAAUAAGAUGAAGUUGCAGAGAGGAGCACUUCUGCCUAGUGAUUCAAACAAUGAUAACUCUCGAAUCAAAAGAUAUGUUGCAAAAUACACCAUAAAUCCAGCAAUAGCAAAUGGGUUCUCACAGUUUGUUGGUUCAGUUGAGGUGGGUAAGUUAGCUGAUCUAGUGCUAUGGAAACCAUCAUUUUUUGGUGCAAAACCUGAGAUGGUCAUCAAAGGCGGUGCAAUUGCAUGGGCUAACAUGGGUGAUCCAAAUGCAAGUAUCCCCACACCUGAACCGGUGAUGAUGAGGCCUAUGUUCGGUGCAUUUGGCAAGGCUGCUAGUAAUCACUCCAUUGCUUUUGUGAGCAAGGCAGCGCUAGAGGAGGGAGUAAAAGCUUCAUAUGGUCUGCUCAAGAGGGUGGAAGCCGUGGCGAAUGUGAGGAAGCUCACAAAACAAGACAUGAAGCUCAAUGACGCGCUUCCUCAUAUCACUGUGGACCCUGAGAGUUUCACUGUUACAGCUGAUGGCGAGGUCCUUACCUGCGUUGCAGCCUCCUCUGUUCCCCUUUCUCGGAACUAUUUCCUCUUUUAAUCUCAACCAUGUGCACUUCAGUCCAUGGAAUUGGUGUCUUAGGAAAGAAGGACUAUCCUAUGUUCAAUCUUUUGAUCUUUUUUUUUGUUUUUGGGGUAAAAACAACUUGUAUUAGAUUUCGUGUGGUUCAACAAUAAUGAGUUUCGACCGAAUCUCUCGUAAAACUUGCCAUUGCUGAAUCUGUCCCACAAUUUGAUUACCCAACAUUAUUAUCAUUCGUCGUAAUCUGAUGCUUUGCAAUAUAUAGUGUGUAGAUA